AAUGUUUGAAUUUAAUUUAAUUAUAAAAGGAACAAAAUUCGUCUCCAGCUUAUUUAAAACAAUGAAAUAUUAUAUUGUUAAGUUAACAGUAUUUGUAUUCAUCUUCGUAUUAGUUAUGUGUCAACCAUCAAGUGCUGAGAGGCCCCCAAUAUGUGAUCGUUUUGCCAUAUGUUACCCAUGAAAAUAGCUUGGAUGUAAUUAUAGAAAUAAUAACCACUUUAGUGAGGCAACAUGAUCGAGCAAACAUUUAUAAACUGUCAACGAGCUAUUUUUCAAAAUGUCUGUUCUAGACGAAAUAAGAGGUCUAUCAGAUUAUAGCGACCCCAGAAAUGUUCAGCCAACUGAAUCUCUGAUAUCGAAAUACAACAUACCCAUCGACCAUUUUGAAUUUGCCUACGUGGAAAAAUGCCACGAUGGCAGAGAAUUAGAAAAGAUUUUGCAGAUUUUGAAGUCCGGCGAAGAAGGAUAUUAUCCAGAACUAGCUCAAGCUACAGAAGACCGUCUACGUAUAGUCAAACCAAAAAGUAGAUACCUAAGAAAAUCGACAGCUGUUUUACAAAAAAAUGAUUUGCAACGAGAAGAUUUCGAUGAAAUCUCUAAAGAUAUGCGUAAUUUCGUUGCAAAUGCUGGCAAAAGAGAUAAAGAACUAGAAGGUAGGAAAUCCAAAAAACCAUAUUGCGAAGUAGAAGUAAGACAAUGCGAGAAGAAAGAAAUAACUGACGUGGAGAAGAAGAAAAAUAAUGAAAAACGGAUAGCUUCCACAGACUACAAAUCAUGGGACAAAUAUGACCCAGAUACAGAAGUGUUAAAAAUGGACAUAGAAGAAGAAAGGGAAAUAAAAGCGGCACUGGAAGAAAAAGAAAAGAAAGAAAAAGAAAGUAAAGAGAAAUAUAAACCCAAAAAGUCGGUCACUUUUAACAAAUUCGCCACAGAAGCGGAAGCAAUUUUUAAUUCGGAACGAGAACGUGAAAAAGGAAACGAAUUUUUCAAAGCAGGCGAUUUUCAAGAAGCUUUACAUUGUUAUACAACUAGUAUACAGAGUAAACCUACCAUUAAUAAUCUGAAUAACAGAGCCGUCACGUGUCUUAAAUUGAAAAAGUACGAAGAAGCUCUUAAGGAUUGCAAUAAGGUCCUCACAAUAGACAAAGAAAACUUGAAGGCUAAUAUACGAAAAGCUGAAGCUCUGCAAAAGUUGGAAAGAUUCGAGGAAGCAUUGAAAUCUAUAGAAUUGGCUAUCCAGAAAGAUCCAAAUAAUACCACAGCUCAAGAUUUAGCUGAUAGUAUCAGGAAAAAAUGUUUUAGAGAGGUUAAGAAUACUAGAAUGAAAAUAGUUGAAAUUGAAUAG